AUGGCUGCGUUGAACGUCACACUGUUAUUAUUAUUAACAUUUGGUUUUAAUAGUAUACUGAGAAAUAGUGCCAAUCAAACUCCAGUGGCAUUUACUUUCAAAGAAUAUCAAUACAAGGAUUCUCCUAAAAAUGAAAUGACAUUUAGAGAAUUUGAAACAGCAUGCGAACAAAGUGGUGCUUGUAAUCAUAUGUCAGGAUUGCUAAAAACACGCUGUGUACGGGAAUGUGUUUCACCUUCGUGUUAUAAAGAACUAUAUCAGAAUGAUCCGCUUGAAGAGGGUGAAAUAGACGUGAGAUUAAUAUCUUUUAAGGGCUGCUUUAUCCAAAGAAGCGGACGCACAAGAAAUUGA